UUGUUCACAGAAACAGGAGGGAAAAAAAUCAGAUAGAAAUGCGUUUGUAAGGCCGGGCGGCGAGUAUUUGCAUGGCGAUGAAGGCCUGGAGUGUUCUGCAGUGACUGAGAUGCGAGUCUCAGACAAUACAUGCUGUGUUUGUUCUUCCCGGGGAAGUUUGACGAGGAAAGGAGGUGGAGGAGAAGGAGGAGGGGAGGUCUUCAGUGCAGGGAUUACACAUUUGCUAUUGUGGAGACUUCUCCAGUACCAUGGGGUUUUGUUAAGCAGAUUGGGCUCCUUCACACCCAGCGGAUCGCUCUCGUGACUUGGCGGACGUAGAACCUCCAACAGUAACGGGCAUGCAUACCAUCAUUCCAGGAGGGAAUACGCAACUACCAAGAUCAUGGGUCCCUAUGCUGGCAAAUGAAGAAUCAGCCAAACAGAAGAAGGGACACUAGAAUCUCCUUCCCACCAACAGUAAUACACAUAAAAAUCCACUCUGGGACUAUAGAAAUGGCCACCUCCAGAGUUUUGGCGAUAGUGACAAUCUUCUCCAUGAUUCCCGGCGGUAUCCCGAGUGACGUUAAAGGCUCUCGGGGUUUGGAGACGCAGCAUUUGGCCCAGAAGUCCUCAUAUCCUCAGCGUCGCCUGAAAAGAAGCUGGAUAUGGACUCAGUUGUUUGUCCCUGAGGAAGAUCCCUCUCUUGGUGUUAUUGGACAGAUCAAAUCCGACUCUGACCGAGGCGAUUUAUCCAUCAAGUACAUAUUGACAGGAGAAGGUGCCGGAGAUGUCUUUGAGAUAGAUGAGUUUUCUGGUGAGAUCAGGAAGCUGAAAAAGCUCGACCGUGAGGAAAAAGCUUUCUACGUCCUUCAAGCCCAAGCUAUCAACAGAAAGACCAAUGAGCCCGAGGAGCCCCAGUCAGAGUUUAUCAUCAAGGUGCAGGAUAUCAACGACAAUGUUCCUCAGUUCCAGAACGAGACGUACGUGUCCAGCAUCCCGGAGAUGAGUCCACCAGGGACCACGGUGGCGCAGGUGACGGCCACGGAUGCGGACGACCCCAUGUUCGGGAACAACGCCAAGCUCAUCUACUCCAUCCUGCAGGGGGAGCCCUACUUCUCUGUGGAGCCGAAGACGGGGAUUGUUGUAACGUCUUGGCCUGACCUGGACCGGGAAACUCGAGACGAGUACCUGGUGGUGAUCCAGGUGAAGGACAUGCUGGGCCUCAGCGGCGGUUACUCCUCCUCCACCACGCUCACGGUCAUCCUGACGGACGUCAACGACAACGGACCCACGUUCCAGCGCCACCUUUACACCUUUACUGUCUCGGAAAAUGCGGCCGUUGGCAGCACAGUGGGCAGAAUCAUGGCAGACGAUGGAGACAUUGGCAUCAAUGCGAGAAUGACAUACACUCUGGAGGACGACCUGGAAGAGAGCGCCACGUUCAUCAUCCAAACGGACCCAGUGACUCAAGAGGGACAGCUUCUGCUGGCCAAGCCUUUGGACUACGAAUCCAAAAGACGCUACAUUAUGGCAGCAGAGGCCGUCAACGAUCACGUCGACACGCGGUUCCUGCCUCUGGAGGAGUUCAGGGACAAGACGACCAUCAAGAUCGUGGUGAGGGACGUGGACGAGCCUCCAGCCUUCGUCUCGCCAGUCUACGAGUGGAAAGUUCCUGAAAAUGCGGCUGUGGGAACGGUGGUUGGCAGCGUCGGCGCCGCAGACACUGACACACACAACAGUCCCAUCAGAUACUCUAUUGACAAAAGGAGCGAUGCCACCAAGUGGUUCAGAAUAGACCCAAACAAUGGAACCAUCGCCAUCGUGAAAGCUUUGGACCGAGAGGCUGCGAGCUGGCACAACUUUACUGUUGAAGCAAAGGAGGAAACGCCGAACCAUUUAUCCUCCGCGGUGGCGGUGUUCAUCAAAGUGCUGGACAUAAACGACAAUGUGCCGAGGCUCGCAAGAGAUUACCAGCCAUAUAUCUGUGAGGGCACGCAGGCGGGAGAACUCAUUCAGCUCCUCAGUGCCGUUGAUCUCGACAACCCCGAGGAGGGACACCACUUCUAUUUCUCCAUGGUCCCAGAGAAGCACAUCAAUCCAAACUUCACCAUCAGAGAUAAUCAAGACAAUACAGCCAGCAUUGUGGCACGCAGGAGUACUUUCACCCUCAAAGACCGCGCGCACUACUUCCUGCCUGUGGUGGUUGCGGACAGCGGCACGCCGACGCUCUCCAGCACCAGCACUUUGACCAUCAGCGUGUGCCGGUGUCAGCCUGCAGGCCACUGCCCCACCGCAGGGGUGGAGAGUCUGCCUCUGUCUCUGGAUCCCAGCAUGCAAACAGUUUUAGGGAUUCUGGUUUGCCUGGUCACUAUUACAGUGCUGUCAGUUCUAAUGCUGCUGCUGAGGAGACACAAGCGCAAGCAGCAAGAGGGGCUGGAUGUGAAGGAGCUGGAGCUGCCCGACACCGUCUCACAAAAAGUUCUCCACUACGAAGAAGCCGGGGGCAGAAGGGUGAACUUCUGCCAGCCCGUCGUACCGCCGCAACCCCACCCCAGGAGGCGGGACAGGAGGCUGCGGAGGGAGGAGGUCAGGGCCAGCAUUCGCAUGUCACUCGGAGAGUCGCACUUCAUCGGGCCGGACGACGAGGUCUUCCGGCAGUUCAUUCUGGACCGGCUGGCAGAAGCGGACCAGGAUCCCUACGUUCCACCGUUCGACUGCCUCCAGAGGUUCGCGUACGAGGGUUCAGGGUCUCCCGCCGGGUCGCUGAGCUCACUAGACUCUCUCACGGGGGAGACGGAAGUCGUCCAGCCCUUCAGUAACCCCAGAGCUCACGUAGUGAAACUCAGCCCUUGGUACGGCGGUGGAGAGGAGGACACAACCUUCUGAGGGCACCUUCUACUUUAGAGCUGUUUUAUGACGGUGAUAAAAAACGCCAGCGCAUGUCAGGUAAUCAUUUGUCAACAUCACUUUGAAAAAGACUCGCCUUGUCAGCACUUUUUCUUAUUUUUGGAAAUGUUGGAGCUUUUUGUUGUUAAAAGCUGACAGACUGCUGACUGCAGAUGCAAUGUGACACCAUAUACUAUGAUAAAGGGAAUGUACACACUUGUACACACAAAUUACUGAGAAAAGACCAACAAAAUCAUCAUGUUGGUGAGAACACAUUAAAUCAACUGAAUGACAGACCACAUUCAAAUGAGACAAUUUGAAGUCAAAUGUGCAAGAAAAUGCAAACUUUAGAACUUAAAGUCGAAAUAUAAUUCAUAAAAUGAAGUUAAUAUAUUUGAAUAAAGUAGAAUUUUUGAAAAAUUAAGCUAAAAAUUCUGAAACAUUUCAAAUGUACAAUUUUAUUUGUGAUUAUUCACAGACAAGUGGUCACCAAAUACUGUAAACAGUAUUAACUGGAAUUAUUUUUUUCCUAGGUUUGCGAUUAACCCUUUUUUUUUAUUGAUUCCUACUCUUAUAAAUACUUAAAGCUUUUCUUUCCCAAAAUGCAGUUAAUAUUUAAAGAAACUACCAGAUCAUUCAAAUUAUUUCAUUAAACCCCUUACGUAGGAUUUAUUUUUUUCUAACUUGUUUCCUCAACAUCAAGAUUUAGUUUUAAAAGGCUUUUAAUGUUUAUUUAAAAAUUUUUUUUUUAUUUCAUCCAGUAAAAUGUUUCAUCUCCAAUUGAUCUUCUUGUCAUAUUGGACAAUGAAACAAAUGAGACAAUUUGAAGUUAAAUGUGAAAGAAAUCGACAAAUUAGAAACAAAAAUGUUAAUAGAAUUUUUGAAAUGAAGUUAAUAUAUUUGAUUAAAGUACAAUUUUUAAAAAUUAACCAAAAAAAUCUGAAAAUUAGAAAUGACAAUAUCGCUUUUAAACAUUUUAAAUGUACAGUUUUAUGUGUGAUUUAAUUUGUGAUUAUUUGCAGCUAAGUGGUUGACAAAUUAACCGCGAUUAAUUUUUUUCAAAGUUUGUGAUUAAUCCGUUUUUCUUUUUUUUUUUGUUUGUUUUUCAAUUGAUUUCCGGCCCUACUCUUUUUGAUACUUAUUUUUUUUAUUUUCUGAAAGUUCUAUUCACUUUUAUUUAUAUGACCAAAUAUCACAAUCCAAUUGUCUCAGUUGGCUUACCGGUAACUGUACAAAAAAAAAAAAAAAAAAAAAAUUUUGGGAAUAAAAUAAGGAACCUCAGGAAUUUCCACAUAAAGAAUAAAAUUCUAUUUAACAUUUAAAGAAACUUCUGGAUCAUUCAUUCAUUUUGCCCUUUAUGUAGGGUUUAUUUUUUCUAACUUGUUUCCUUGACAUCUAGAUUUAUUUUUUUAAAUUAUCUUUUUUUUGUUAAAAUGUUUUAUCUCCAAGGCGUCAAUCUUCUUGUCAUAUUGGAGAGUAAAAAUUAUUUAAAAUGGUUAUAUUUUGUUAAAAUUAAGAACCUGCAGCACUAACAUUAAUAUUUAUUUGAUUUGGGUUUUUUUUCUAAUUCCCAAUAAACACAAACUCGAGCUGCAUUUUAUUAAACUAAAAACAAUCCUUCACAGACUAUCAGAUUUAAUAUAUUUCUGUUAUUUAUAAAUUAAUAUUUUUUCAUUGAACUUCUUUUUCUUAAGCAUCAAUAUUUUUACAUAAUACAACUAAAAAAAAACAUUAACUUCUAAACCUCAAGUUAAGCUGAAUUAAACAACAGCUACUUUGGUUAAAAAUUAAUUGUAAAUAUGCAAGUUCUUUUUUUAUAUAUUUAGGUAGUAUUAUAAAGCAUGAGUUUGAAUUUUGACAGACUUUUGGGUCAAUCAAACAAAUGUAUUGUCAAUAUGUUUUGUAUUCUCUCAUUUACAAUAAACAAUUAACAACCAGUCAUUUAAUUUAUUGUCAUUUUUGUAUAUUAGCAACUGCAGGAUAGUAAGAGCUUUUACCUCUACGAGAUCAUUUACAUUUAAGUUACUGGUUUAACAAAGUGCCGUUUAUGAUUCAUAUUAUUGUGUAAACAACCUUUUGACUGGUCUGAACACAAGUCAAAGCGUUCAGGCCCCUUUUGUCAGCAGAAAUAAACUUGUUUCAAGCAUUUUUUUUUUUUUAGAAAA